AUGCGCUGGAGAACAGCGCCUGGCGCCGCAGCAGCAGUAGCAGCAGCAACACUUUUUUUAGCAAAGACUUUUCAUUUUUUGCUGUCGAAGACGUCUGCUAAAAAACAAUUGCUGCGGCGACACCUCAGCAGCAGCAGCAGCAGCAGCAGCAGCAGCAGCAGACGCGUUGUCUGCUCUGCGCCGCCCUCGCGGCGGAAAUUUCGAGUGCAUGCAGCAGCAGCAGCUGCAGGACUAGUGCCGAGGAGCGUUGUCAGCAGCAGCAGCAGCAGCAACAGCAACAAUAGCAGCAGCAGCAGCAGCAGACCUUGCGGGCGCAGGUCGUGUCUGCUUCAGCUCUACCUGGUGUGUCUCCUGCUCAGCCUGCUGCCGCUGCACUGCAGCAGCAGCAGCAGGAGCUGCUGCUGCCGCGCUGCUCCUCCAGCCCCAGCAGCUUCAAAGGCCGCUUCCUAG